CUGCUUGACUGACUUCAUCAUCUGCUACGCGCGCCGUACCUAUUUCUUCAUCCGCUACCUCCUUGCCCAUGAUUCAAAAUUACGAAAAAGCACACUUCAACGUCAUGGCAAAUGGGUUUCUGAUUUGGGCUCUGAUCACUGCUAUCUCAGCCUCUAUUUUGAAAUUCGCCUUGCGCAUAAUCACUCGCAGAAGGAACAGAAAGAGAGCCGUGGGGUUCUUCCAUCCCUACACCAAUGAUGGCGGCGGCGGAGAGAGAGUGUUGUGGUGCGCCGUCAAAGCCAUCCAAGAAGAGAGCCCUGACCUUGGCUGCGUCGUCUACACCGGCGAUCACGAUGCCUCGCCUCAGAGUUUGACUGCCCGAGCCCUCGAUCGCUUCGGGGUCAACCUGCUUUACCCACCUGAGGUGGUGCAUCUGUAUCAAAGAAAGUGGAUUGAAGAAACCACUUACCCUCACUUCACCAUGAUUGGUCAAAGCUUGGGUUCUGUUUAUCUCUCAUGGGAAGCUUUGUGCAAGUUUACCCCCUUAUAUUAUUUUGACACUAGCGGACAUGCUUUUACAUAUCCCCUCGCCCGGAUAUUUGGAUGCAAAGUUAUGUGCUACACUCAUUACCCCACUAUCAGUUUAGACAUGAUAUCUCGUGUCCGUGAAAGAAGCUCGAUGUAUAACAAUGAUGCCUUGAUUGCUCGGAGCAUUUGGCUAUCCCGAUGCAAAAUCUUCUAUUACACAAUCUUUAGCUGGAUGUAUGGGUUUGUAGGCUCUUGUGCACACCUUGUAAUGGUCAACUCUUCAUGGACUCAGUCUCAUAUUGACAAUCUUUGGAGGAUUUCUCACCGAACUAAGCGAGUGUAUCCUCCUUGUGACACUUCAGGACUUCAGGUUCUUCCUUUGGAAAGACCAGCUAUAGCUCCCACAAUUAUAUCAGUUGCUCAAUUUCGUCCAGAGAAGGCACACGCUCUCCAACUUGAGGCCUUUUCAGUUGCCCUUGGAAAGUUAGAUGCAGACAUGCCCAGACCAAAGCUUCAAUUUGUUGGCAGUUGUCGAAAUAAAUCAGAUGAGGAAAGACUGCAAAAUUUGAAGAAUAGAGCGACUGAAUUGAAUGUGGAUGGGGAUGUGGAAUUCUUUGAGAAUGUGAUGUACAGGGACUUGGUGAGACUUUUGGCUGGUGCCGUGUCUGGAAUCCACUCCAUGACAGAUGAACAUUUUGGCAUAAGUGUUGUAGAGUAUAUGGCUGCGGGUGCAAUCCCAAUUGCUCAUAAUUCUGCUGGCCCAAAGCUGGACAUUGUUUUAGAAGAAGAUGGACGGCAAACUGGAUUUCUUGCCCGCAGUGUGGAAGAAUAUGCAGAUGCCAUUCUGAAAAUUAUAAGGAUGCCUGAAACCGAGAGGCUCAAGAUGGCUGCAGCUGCAAGGAAACGGGCAGGCAGAUUCUCAGAGCAAAGAUUUUACCAAGAUUUCAAAGCUUCAAUCCGGCCGAUUCUGUGCCAUGGUUCUAAAUGACAGACUAACAACAGAUGCGACGUACUCGUAACUCAGAGCAGUGGACAUUUUUCACGUUUUGAUAGUCUUUUGGUAUUUCAAAAUGGUACUCGUAAUCCGGCCGAUUCUGUUGCCAGCCAGUAAUAGAAAGGUGGAUGAAGUUUUGUUGUCAAAA